AUUGAGAUAUUCUAGACUCUCGUCCCUAUUUUCGAACUGCACGGAAAUUGAAUUUUGCGGCUUCUGGUCACAUUAAUAUUUCAAAUUACAGCGACUUGCACAUUCGGUUUACUCUGGAUCUAUCUGAAAGAAUUAAAACCAAGAUGUAAACAGAAAAUGGCUUCGUACGAAACUGGAUAUGAUGAUGAGCGAUUCCAACAUCCAGUUGGUCAGAGCUUUCACUGUGGUAUUUGUUACAAUGUCAUCAAAGAUCCAGUCAUGUGUCGACAUAAUGAGCACAUGUUCUGUAGAGGUUGCAUCACCAGACAUCUCAUGAACUCUCAGACAUGUCCCACAUGUAUUGAGCCACUCACUGUUGACACCUUGACUCGAGCAUCGCGUACCGUAACCAAUUUGCUGUCGGAAUUAAAGAUUCGAUGUGAAUUCUUUAAUUAUGGUUGUGAAAGGUUUGUCCAGUUAGGAGAGCUUCAAAGGCAUGUUGCGGAGUGUGGUUUUGCCCCAGCAGUCUGCUCGAAUGAAGGCUGUGGUCAGGAAGUCGAUAAGCAAGAUUUAUUGCAUCAUGAAACGGCCGUGUGUGAAUUUCGCCGUGUGAAAUGUCAUAGCUGCAAUGAACUUAGCCGAAAGAUAGACAGUAUUAACGAGAAUGUGGCCACGAUAUGCCUGAAAUUGGAUAAAGUUAGUGAGACCAUAAAACAAAAUGAGCAACGAAGCAUUGAGAACUUCAAAGCGCUAGAAGAAAAUGUUGCCGCGAACAUUGAAAUGACUCAAAAGCAAGUCAACGAGCAGAAAAAAAGCAAUCGUCGCUUUGAAGCGGGCAAUAAAGAAAUGAAGAAAGGUUUAAAGGAAGUGGCCGAACAGUUGGAAAGGUUAACUGGGGAGCAGGAAGAUAUUAGGGAAGCCUUUGCAAGAGCUGUUCAACCAGACGAAGAGCCGAGGAUUGUCAUUGCUGGGGGAUGGAAUGAUAAAAGUUUGAACUCUGUAGAAAUGUUCAGUCUCUCAAAUGCAGAAUGGUUACCACUACAACCAAUGAAACAACGCCGUUAUCUAGCAUCUUCGGUCUCUCACAACAAUGAAACCAUCGUCAGUGGAGGUUUCUCCGAUCAAGCCAACAAGUCAUUGGAAAAAUUAUCGCUGAAAGCAGUCUAUGCUGACUCCUUCAUAUUUUGGAAAUAUGAUCCUGUAGAGUUACCCAAGCCAUUGUUUGGACAUUGUAGUGUCAUUUUCGAUGGACGGUUAAUAGUCAUUGGCGGUUACAAUCACACUGCUUUUAUUGAUAAUAUUACUGAGGUUUCUCUUGUUUCUCCUAAUACCGGUAAAGUUUUGGCUACUAUGCCAGAAAGUAGAUGGUUACAUGGUGCUGUCUUGUUUGGUAACACGAUCGUAAUUCUUGGAGGAAGGAAAGACAUGCGGCAGUGGUCGAAUAUGAAAAGUGUUUUGUCGUAUGAUAUUGUCAACAAUGAAUGCCAUAAUUUAGCACCAUUACCUUAUGCCGUGGACAACAUGGCCACAGUGAAGUGGGGUAGCGACAAUGUGAUUAUAAUCGGAGGCAGUGACAGUGACGGUAAACCGUUGGACAAAGUAUUAAUAUACAAUGUGAAAACUCAGAAGAGCCACAUGUUACCAGGCAUGAAGUAUAAAAGGCAGAGAUGUGCGGCCGCAGUUGUUAGUGACACAGUGAUUGUCAUGGGGGGACAAGGUGAAGGUGGAAACUCUUUAAAGUCCGUGGAGAGUUUCAGAUUUGACUCUUUCGCCUGGGAAGAACUUCCGGAAAUGCAAGAAGCAAGAUGCGGAGCCACAACAGUUGUGUGUUAACUAUGUGUUGUGUAUAUUACCAUUUUAUUAACAUUUUUCCACAGAGCCUCAAUUUAAUGCACUUUAUUUUGCUUACACCAAACUAAGGUUUGGGGGAAUUAAAGACCAGCGUUCUUUGAACUGUCCAGGGGAACACUCGACCAGUUAUAAUACCAGGGAACCCGGAGCGUUUUUCGUAUUGCUGGGGCUCGGCACCGCACACCUGCUAGGAGAGUCCGGGAAAAUUUUGAAAUAUAAGCCCCCUUUACACUACACUCAAUUUUAUG